CACUGACCAACUAAUCAAGGUUAAAGUGGGCGUGGUCAUCGAGGACGUGGGCGAAGUCGUCGACGAUGUGGGCGUGGUUAGUCGUCAGCGUCGUCGCGGCCGUGCACGCAGCAGCCACGGCCGACACACAUAACACCUCGACGAUAAACGUUCCGUCAGAACUUUUAAUCCAGUUACUGGAUGUGAGUCGAGCCUUACAAAAGUUGGUUCCCACGAACGCCGGAGCCAGUGUGGACGCUGCCGCGACUGAGGAGGCCCUUGCCCGAGCCGACGACGCGGGCUACAACUCUCUCCUGUCCCUGGCGCUGCGACACCAUGCCCUCCUGCAGCAGAAGAACGAGGACCUCCUCAUCCAGCAGGGCCGCUGCACCGCCCGGAUCGAGGCGCUGCAGGAGGACAAGCAGGAACUCCGCGAGCAGCUGGAGGAGUACAAGCAGCAGAUACAAUACCUGUUGAACGGCAGGCCUCCCUCGACGCCGCCGACCACGCCGCCUGCCGCAGAAGUCACGACGGAGUUCGACUUCGGCGGGCUGGUGCUGGAGGAGAAGUGCCCCUGCAGAGUGGGCGGAGCCGAGGACGAGGCGGAGGACUGCGCAUGCCCGCCACCCGCCAACGCCACGGACGCCCCGCCCACCACGCAGGAGACCAAGAUACUCGGUGGCAACGCCAGAGUGCGGGACUGCGCCGGCCACCAGAGCGAAGGGUCCACGGAGAGCGGCAUUUAUGAAAUCUUCCCUCUGGAAUGCAAGGCCGUCCGCGUGUGGUGCGACCUCGAGACGGACGGAGGAGGCUGGACCGUGUUCCUGAGCCGCGUGGAACAACCCGUCCAGGAGAACUUCACCAGGACCUGGAACGACUACCGGGACGGGUUCGGCGACGUGUCUGCCGAGUACUGGCUAGGUAGUGCAUUAACAUCAACCGGACCUGAGCCUUCCACUCCAAAUAAUAUAAUUUCCGAGAGGCAGAAUCCGCAUGCACACACCACAAACAUAUGCCUUCCUUCACAAAUAUGCCUCGUUUUUCUCGUCCCUUUUCUAAAACCAGGGAACGAGGUCCUCCACCAGCUGACGAUGCGAGAGCCGCAGGUCCUUCGCGUGGACGGAGACUUCAACGGCAGUCGGCGGUGGGGCGUCUGGUCGCGCUUCCGGGUCGACGACGAAGAGCACAACUACAAGCUCCUGUCGGUGAUGUAUUCCUCCAACAGCACCAUGGGGGACGGCCUCCUGUGGCACAGCGGCAUGGAAUUCUCGACCAUCGACCGAGACAACGACAUGCACAAAGGAAGCUGCGCCAGCGAGUACCGAGGCGGCUGGUGGUACAACGUGUGCCACAACGCCAACCCCACGGGCAUCCUCGUCAACUCCGACGACUUCUACUCCGUCGGCUGGGUCUACUGGAGCCCCAGACAGUACAAGUGGGGGAGCCUGCGCUUCCUGCAAAUGAAAAUCCGCCCCAAGAACUUCGGCAUCCCCGACCCGUCGACGGCGCCGCUCGACUGCGCAAGCGAAUGACGCCUCGUCGAGCCCCACGACGCGCCCGGCGGCGGCCAGGCGUAGGAGCGUCUGCGGGACUCGAGAGGAAGGCGGCCCUGGGAGGCACAACUGGCGCGAGGAACUCCAACUUGGCUUUCGCGAAACAAGAGUUCAGGUUAAGUUUUGUACAAUUAUUAUUAUUUUUUUUUUUUUGUAUUUCCAUAAACAUUAUCACUAAUGUUAUAAAAUCAAAGUGAAAGAAGAUAUUGAAAUUCAGUAAACUGUCUGAGUUACCAGUUUAAUCAUGAUGAUUUAAUCGUGCAUCAUCAGUAAACGUUUUGUAAUAUAUAUUACUCGACGAAACGCCGCCUCGCGCGUAUCUGUAUCUUAUAGCAUCACCGGUGAAAAGGCUCAGUAAAGCCAAAACAGCAAUAGCCACUAUCUGUCAUCAACUAGCAAUUCUGAACUGUAUCUCU